UUAUUUCUGUGGUAACAUGGACCACCCGUUCUUCGUCCGCGCUUUCUAAGGGCCCCAGUGCGACUGUCUGAAUGGCACAGGACCAGGUAGGCUCCAAUACAAGCAGUACUGUAGUGGUUCACCCGUUGCAUCUAGAUCCAUAUAUAUUCAAUUUCUUAAUUCUAUCGGUUAUCCUCACACACGUACAUUCAUAAGUCCAUGAUGUAUACUUUGGUCGCCAUCUUGUGGAAGUUGCGAUAUUAUGUACCCAAUAAACUUUAAGGCGUUCAUCCGGAGUUUAUAAAAGGAUUAGGAUAAUCCUGUGUUAUACCAUAAAGACAUGUAUAGAGUGUGCUACUUGUUAAGGUUAAGAUCCAGAUCCAACUACAUGUAAAACACGUUUCCCAUCUUCAUUGUGCACCUGCUUGCUACUCCGGCUCGAGGCGGGGUCAAUGAUGUCACCUAAAGCUGGGGGAUGGGGACGAUUUCACCGAGGACUCUGCCUAGGGAAGUUUCCUUGACACCUGUACGCUUCACCACAAACACGAGGAAACUGAAGAACUAAUAUUUACAUGGAAUGAAGAAAAUACAGAUAUGAACGGCCGCUUGUACGAGUGUCGAAUUGCUUUAAAAGUGAUCUGUUAAUUUCUGUGUUGACUGACUAAAGGUUUGUCGUCUUUAGAAGCUUCUACGUUGGAAUGUUGAAGAAAAUGGGAAAUAAGAUCUUGCUUGCGCUUCUGCUUAAUGCUUUCCUGCUAACAGGCGUGGUAUCCAUCCAAGUGGUGGUUCCCCAGAAAGAGAGAAGUACGACUCUCUUCGCCCCGAUCACCUUACGUUGUGACUACUCUACCUCGGCUAGUGCUCAAGAUGUCCUUGUCAGCUGGCGUUACAAGUCGUUCUGCAAGGACCCGGUCCUCGAUUACUACUCCACUGCCUAUCAGGCUGCUCUACAGCUGGGCCAGGACCCAGCCAAUGACUGCCCUGACAACCAGCGAAUCAUUCGCACGGUCGUCCAGAAGAAGGGCACAAACGAGGCCAUGCUAGGCGCGGAGUAUCAGAACCGCAAGAUAACCGUCCAAAACAAAGCUGACCUGGUUAUUUACGAGGUCAUGUGGUGGGAUAACGGAGUGUAUUUCUGUACCGUUAAUGCCCCAGGAGACACAACAGGGAUAUCGGAGAUGGUGGUCAAACUCAUAGUUUACAACUGGCUGACGGUGCUGUUGAUGAUCAUCGGGGCCCUGCUCCUCAUCUUGCUGUUGUCUGUCUGCUGCUGUCAGUGUUGCCCCCAGAAGUGCUGCUGCUACAUUCGAUGCCCCUGCUGCCCCAAGACCUGCUGCUGCCCCGAGAAAGCGGUGAUGCAGCACAGGAUGCUGCGUGAGGCCCAGAAAGCCAUGGCCCCCUGGCUUUACGGCCAGCCCAUCUACGCCCCCAUCAGCCUCCAGUCCUCCCAAGGACACCCAGAUGUGUACUCUGGUUCAUUUUCUGACGGGUACCAUACCAAGCCCAACUUUGCCAUGACCCCGAUGGGCCCCUCGCCCCUGCCCCUCCAGUACCCUCCCCAUGCCCCCCAACACCACACCCAGUACCCUCCCCCUGUCCCCCUACACCACAUCCCCCCACCCCCGGUGAAUGGCAGCGUGCAUGGAGGCAGCGCUCAGGGUACAAGCCAGAUGCUGGACUUCCUGGAGAGCCAGAUGAGGGCGGUGGAAAUGAACGGCCAGAGGGGCCCCUCCCAUUACCAGUACCAGCCAUACCAGCCGCAGGCCCAGGCAGGGCCCCAGGGGGUCCCCUUCACGGUCGGCCCCCCCAGCAUGCUGUCAGCCCUGGAUGAGAUGGGGGUGAAGGGGGUUGAGAGACGGGUGAUCACCUUGCCCCCCAUCGUCCAGCGGGUCGCCAGUUUCUCCUCUGGCAGGGGGGCUGGUGGCGGAGUGGUGGCCAGGACCGCCCACAAAUUCUCCAGCCAAUCCAGCGGCAGCUCCAACCGCACCGGUGGGGGUGGCGGCGCUCGGCGUGACCCCUCCCCUCCGCGGCGGGGCAUCAUGCGUAGUUACAGCGACGAGUCGGACCGGGACGACGGGAGAGCGGGGUCGAGGAGGCGGGGGCGAGGCUCGGACGAGAGGAGGUCCCGUAGCCGUGACGUCCUGAUGGAAAAGACGCAGCGGGCGGCCCCGGCCAGACGAGACCGGAGCUACUCCCCUCCGCCCCGUCGAUGUGGGUCCUUGAGCUCGGCGGAGGAAGAUCGUCGGGGAGGGGGGGGCAAAGGGAAGCUGUGGUCUGAGAACCCCCCCAGCUACUCCUCCGUUCAGGUCCAGCCCGGGAGCAGAAGGAACAAUGACCGCUUCUCUGAUAAGAGCUCUCGAAGUGGUGCUAGUGUUGUGAUCUGAUACCCGCCUGCCUACUUUGCUGCUUUUUCUCAGUUAACACUGAUACAAAUCUCUCUACAAACUGUCUGUCUGCCUUCAGAAGAACAAUGUAAUCAAACCAAACGACUUAAAGGAUCCACUGCAUUUCAGUGGCUUCACUGCCUUUUCAUGCAUGUAAGGAACUUCAAGUGUAAGUAAUGAUUUAUUUAGGGUGUGUGCGUGCGAUGUUGUGAAACCGGAACGGGGGGGGGCUGGCUACAAUACUAUAACCAGAAGAUAUGUUAAGGAGGUGGAGAAUGUAAUGGCAACAUCUAAAAAUAUAUUAAUAUCAAGGACCUAAUAAGGUGUAUUUGCCUUUAGUAUUGAUCCAAUACUUCUUGUACAAUUCCUGAACUGUGUGUAGUGGGAUGUUGCACCAUUCUUCAAGAAAAGCCUCAAGUUCUUUUUGGGAUGAAGGAUGUGGAAAUCUACUCUGCACCCCAGAACGUCCCAUACAAUGAUGUUCAGAUCUGGUGAUUGGGGAGGCCAUGGAAGGCUCUCUGUCAUCCUAGGGUUCAUAAAAACACUCUUGACUUUCUUUAGCCGUCUUUGGAUACAAGCAGUUUCCGAAUGGCAGCCCUGACAUCAAUUCCAGGUACCUCCAGUUGAUUUAGUUCUGUGGUAAUUAUCAAGUCUGUGCGUUUGGAGCAUUCAGGAACUAUGCUGGUCAGUAUCCAUCAAUCCCUGUCGGUCAGUUUGGCUUGCGACCUCUGUCCAUGUUCGCCAUUUGCUGUCUGUUUUUUUUGCGACCGAUGCACCUGGAAUUUCUGGGAGUGUUUGGCCUUUUUGGAACUCUGUUGCCUCACUGGGCUUUAAAUUGCAAAUUUCUAAGUGUUUAUUGUCAGACCUCUUAUAUUUGACACGUAUAGACAGGUGACAAAUUAAUGUUUUUUUUUUUGUAAUGAGGGUUGUAUGCACUGCAACCUAAUAUAAUGUCCCUCUGAGUAGUUGUACUAUAAUGUCCCUCUGAGUAGUUGUACUGUAAUGUCCCUCUGAGUAGUUGUACUAUAAUGUCCCUCUGUGUAGUUGUACUAUAAUGUCCCUCUGUGUAGUUGUACUAUAAUGUCCCUCUCUGUGUAGUUGUACUAUAAUGUCCCUCUCUGUGUAGUUGUACUAUAAUGUCCCUCUGUGUAGUUGUACUGUAAUGUCCCUCUGUGUAGUUGUACUAUAAUGUCCCUCUCUGUGUAGUUGUACUAUAAUGUCCCUCUCUGUGUAGUUGUACUAUAAUGUCCCUCUCUGUGUAGUUGUACUGUAAUGUCCCUCUGAGUAGUUGUACUGUAAUGUCCCUCUGAGUAGUUGUACUGUAAUGUCCCUCUGAGUAGUUGUACUAUAAUGUCCCUCUGAGUAGUUGUACUAUAAUGUCCCUCUGAGUAGUUGUACUAUAAUGUCCCUCUGAGUAGUUGUACUAUAAUGUCCCUCUCUGUGUAGUUGUACUAUAAUGUCCCUCUCUGUGUAGUUGUACUAUAAUGUCCCUCUGUAGUUCUCCAUGGACUGUUCUUGCUGACAGUCUGAUCACGUCCUGCAUUAACAUUCUCAGUCACCUGAGAAAUUGUUGCAUUUCCUGUUAUACCUGACAUAUCGCAGUAUAACAUUCAUCGAAUGUGUGCUUUCGACCACAAUAUCCAACACAUUUUGCUGUCCUAUUGAUCUAAAUAUAGGAGUAACUUUAGUCACUUCCUGUUGAAACACUGUCUAGCUGAGCAGUCUUUGUGACUGUGCCCCAACAAUGGAGUCCCUUAGAUCUGAAUCCAGUCCCUUAGAUCUGAAUCCAGUCCCUUAGAUCUGAAUCCAGUCCCUUAGAUCUGAAUCCAGUCCCUUAGAUCUGAAUCCAGUCCCUUAGAUCUGAAUCCAGUCCCUUAGAUCCCUUUUCCUCUUGCCGUCUUGAUCCAAAAUCUAGGUCACCUGGGCCUGCUCUGUAUUUUAAUACCUCCUUAAAUAUAUCAUGCACUUACAGGAAGGCAUCUGCAUUGAUGUUCAUCCCAUCAUUUAUUGAGUUUUCUUGUCACCUGUCAGUAUGUCAUGCUAAAUGGCAAUGAACUUGAUGUGACCUCGGAAGGUUUGUGAUUGUGGUUUAGUUACUAAAGUAACGGUCCUUUCCCAUGUGGUGUUUCUGUAAUUUUGUCCACUCCCUGAUUUCUGCCUGUGGGAAUCCAUGCACAUUUCAGAUUAUGUUAAGGACUCUAGCCUGAGGGCAAGUGUAGAGGUGACACCACUCCUCGCCAUUGUCAAAGAAAAACAAAAUGUCUGACCUUGACAUGGUGUGGAAUGUAAGAUAAAGUAACUUAUGCCCAGACAACGUUAAAGAAAAAAAUAAUCCAUGUAAAUCUGUUGUAGGAAUAUCAUUAUUUGUUGAAUGUUUUGUCCAGUGUUUUUUUUUUAAAAUGUUUUUACUGAGAUAUAUUUUGUGAUAACAUUUCCUUGGAAAUUCUUUAGUGUGUGACUGUUUCUUAUUUGCGAUGUAUGUUGCAUUUUUGUCUACAGUAAUGGUGAGGGCAUACAGUUUCUCAGUUAAUUGAAACUGUCUUUAAAUUUGUUAAAAUUUACAUGAAGGACCUUUUUUUUUAAACGAAUUACAUUAGUGUGUGUAUUUUUAAGAGUAAUGUAAUAAUUUUUAAAUGUAAUUACUUUUUUAGUUUUCCAUAUAAAGCCUGUCUCUAGUCCACAGGAGAUGCUGUGUGUGUGUGGUCUUGUUCUGCCUAUGUACAAUAUAUUUAGGUUUUGUAGCAAUCUUAAAAAAAUGUUUUGUACUGUAAAUAUACUAUAAACCCAUUUUUAAAUAGAUUUAGGGAACUAAUAUGGGCUUUUGAAUACCAACGGUUCUCCA